UGUAAUCGAUCUCCUGCAUGCUGCAAUAGUAAGCCUGUCGAUCGAGCUGUGUUUGCUCUAACCAAGCUCGAUCAGUUUGUUGUUAGUUGGUUCGUCACACCAGCACGGCACCACCCAAAGAUAGCAAAAGGAUGGCCAUGCAGUUGCCCGGCACCGCCGCCCUCCCUCCCUAUAAAUGUCCAGCUCCAGCAUUCGCCAUGGUUAGGCCAAGCCUACCUAGGCAAUCCACUUCCCUUUGACCUUUCUUAGCUUCUUCCUCCUAGCUGUGCUGCCUUUCCGAGAAUGAACUAGCUUCCUUCAUCAACCCAUCACCUCCUCGAUCCAUCGGUGUAAAGAUUUGUGCUGAUACUAGAUCGAUAUCACCCUCCCAUACUGUGCAGCCAACGCUAGCGUGCAUAUAUACCAGCAAAUUCCCCGGGAUAUAUACAUACCCAUAGAGAUGAUGGUGUUCGAGGAGGAUGCAGCCUGCAUGGGCAUCCCAGAUGGCUUCUGCAUUGAGGACAUUUCAAGUCCAAUAGCUGCUCAUAUUCUUGACUUCUGUGACGACGGCCUUGGUGAUGACCUCUUUGCUGCAGUGGCUACUACCUCUGAGACAUUUCCAGCCUCCUCAGAUGAUGUUUCAUCGUCUACCACUACCACCCCUCCUGUCUGCAGCUACAGUGAUGAAACUCCAGCUGUUGUACGCACAGCCUACUCCCCUUUGCCCUCCUUCGACUACACUCUCACGGCCCUCCUUGAGCAAGAGCAACACCAUGAUCUUGACACCGAGCUCCUACCCCCGAUCGAUGGGCUUUCAGAAGUAGCAUACUAUCCACAUGCCAUCAAUGAGGCCAGCAUAGAGCAAUUCAAUCAAAUGGAACUUCCAGGGACCAUUGCAGAACAAGUGCCCCCAAUGCAAAUGAGCAGUAGUGCACCUGCCUUGAUGCCAAUCACUUCAGACUAUGAUGAGUGCUUCACAGCCGCACUAGCUGGAGGGUUCAUAGGUUUGGAUGGAGCCAUGUUUCAGCAAGCAGAUGCAAUUCUUCCGAGCUGCAAUGCAGAGGCACCACAAAGAGGAUUUUUCAACAGUGCAAGUGAUAGUAGCAACAGUAUGGUGAUGCUUGGUGAAAUUCAGAAGAUGAUGGAAGGUGAAGGACUGACCGGAACAUAUAGCGACACAGAUUCCAUGCAAGGGGCAUUUAAUAAUGCAGAGAUGCAGGUAGGAGGAAAUAAUCAGCACCUGACAAACGGAUGCAAUGGGAACCCAGCAACAUUACCUACAACAGAGCUAUCAGGCUUGGAAGACUCCACAUUCAAGGUUGUCCGCUUGUCACCUGAAGAGAGAAAGGAAAAGAUUCAUAGGUACAUAAAGAAACGGAAUGAGAGAAAUUUCAGCAAAAAAAUAAAGUACGCUUGUAGAAAAACCUUGGCAGAUAGCAGGCCCCGCGUCCGAGGAAGGUUUGCAAAGAAUGAUGAACUCUGUGAAGCAGCACAAUCAAGCUCCCAGAUUCAUGAACAUUACGAACAAACUGACCGUAUGAAAGAAGAAGACAUGAUGGACACAACUGAUAUUCUUGCACAUCUAAGUGGGUUAAAUUCCUACAGCUACAAGUACAAAUGUACCAUCGAGUCCUGGAUAUGAUUCUCAAGUCUCAACCAUGCAAACUAAGAACCCAGUGUUUUGUUUCAAGUUGUUCAGCCACUGAGCAGUGAGCACAGUUUUUCCUUUUCGAUUAAAAUAAGCUUACAGCACUAGAAGAUCACUUGCAGGGCAAGUACUUAGUUCAAGUCAAUUAAUGUAGAAUUGAUGUAUGUGUCAAUCUGCUGUCACUUGUUUGCCAUUCUCACAAGUGAAUGUGGUAGUUAGUCUCCAGAACAGUGAUUUGUGUAUAUAACUAUGCCCUUUAUAGAAAUAAAGAAUUCCAUGGCUCUCUUGGACAUUUCUUUGUUGCAGAGUCUAGAUUUGAUCUGCUCAAAGAAUUCAUAAAUCACAAGACAGUAAGUACCAAUGAUACAUAAGAGUAAUCAAAAUAGCAUGGUGACACAACAUGGUAAACCUGAAUAUAGUGGAGUGUGUUGGAGUGUGUCACUUAGCUGCCUUCUAGCCUGUGCCUCUAUGUGCAGAAGCAUCAAGAGUUGGAACUGUGAUGGACAAUAUGAAUAGGAUUCAAAAUAAGUAACUAGCAAGCAAGCUCCCACUUCUUUUACUUCCAUUCAUGGCACUAUGUUGCUUGAUCGUAAAUGCAGUAAAAUAUGGAAAUACGCAAUUGAAGAUGUAACAGAUAUUUAGAGUAGCGCAUUAGGUUAAUUACAUUCAGCCAUACCUGAUAUCAAGACCAUACUGCUGGUCACAGAAGCUGAAGGCUCCCAAUCAGCACACA